AUGAAUCUGAUAGUGUCAAGUGAUAAUAUUUUGGGAGUAUUCAUUCUCUCUCAAAUUGGGAUUGGUUUUAUUGGAAACACAUUGCUACUGGUGCUACUCAUCAACACCUUCUUGGUCCAGCUACAUACAAAGAAGCCUAUAGAUUUGAUAUUUAUCCACUUGAUUUUAGCAAAUGUCAUGACAAUUGUUUUCAGUGGGAUUCCAGAAGUAAUGAAUGCUUUUGGAGUAAGAAAUUUUCUAGAUGACAUUGGUUGUAAGGUAGUGAUGUACCUGUACAGAGUCACCCGGGGUCUGUCCCUCUGCACCACGUCCUUCCUGAGCAUUGUUCAGGCUAUCAUUAUCACUCCCAGCAACUCUAGGUGGGCAUGGCUCAAACAAAAAUUCUGCACAUACAUUUUUCCUGCCUUCUGUUCUUUCUGGAUCAUCAACAUGCUGAUCUACAGCCGUGUCAUCAUAAGCGCUGUGGCCCCGUACAACAGCACAGAACUUGACAAAUUCUAUUCUCUGAUGUACUGUGUUGGGAAGGAUCCUGAUUACAUUCAGUCAGGCAUCUUUCAAGUGUGCAUGGUCUUACGAGAUCUCCUGUGUGUGUUUCUCAUGAUCUGGGCCAGUGUGUACAUGGUAAAGUUCCUUUUCAAACAUCACAAGACAGUCCAGCAUCUCCACAGGACCAGCCUCUGCCCAAGGCCCUCUCCUGAAACCAAGGCCACCCACACAAUCCUGGCACUGGUGAGCUGCUUUGUUUUCUUUCACUGGAGUAAUUGCUUCCUUACCAUUUAUGUAAGUUAUAAACGUAGUGUAAAAGGGCUAGAGAACAUCACUAUAAUUCUCUCCCAUGCUUAUCCAGUAAUUUGUCCUUUGAUAUUGAUCAAAAAUCAGUACAAACGAUUCUUUCUGAACUGUGCCUUUGCAAAGAUGAGAAUAUCCUCUCAACACACAAUUUCCCUCAACACGUGA